UCCCUUAUCAGAUUGCUGCACUCGCUCUGCUCCAUUACUAUAUUUGUACGUGUUUUCCCAAACACUGGGCCAGUCGCUGCAGUGACGCUGACAGCCACUUCUGCAUUUCCCUCUCCGUUUACAUUCUUUGUACUAACACAGGCUGAAGGCACACGGGAUGCUGGGAAUGUCCCACUGGUAUCCCAACUUUUUAAUCUGGCCUCAGUGAUGGAGGAAACACCUCAGCACGAAUCGAGCGUGACUAGCGAGCAACUCGCCGCGAUUGACGAUGAGGACGUUCUGAACAAAAUGCUGGAUGACGCUACGGAAUUUGAAGAGCGGCGGCUCAUCCGUGCGGCGUUGAGGGAGCUGCUGAAGAAAAAACGAGACAAGCGGGAGCAGGAGCGAGCAUCCCGGCAGGAGGUUUUAAGCAAAGGCACGUCAAUCAAGGGAGUUGCGGGUGCAACAAAACCACCUAUUAACCAGCAGCCUUCGACAAACAAUCGACCAGCCUUCUCCAUGACUGCAGGCGGUAAGGUUGGUUCUGCUCCAGCUGCCCAAAAAAGCCUGCCCUCCACAGUCCCCAAUGCUAAAAACGUCAAACAGAUGCUUCUGGACUGGUGCAAGGCCAAAACGGAGCCAUAUGAGGGGGUGGACAUCCAAAACUUUUCCUCCAGCUGGAAGGACGGCAUCGCUUUCUGCGCCUUGGUGCACCGCUUCUUCCCUGACGCCUUUGAGUAUUCCAUCCUGAACCCCCACAAGCCCAGAGACAACUUCCAGCUAGCGUUCAGCACCGCAGAGAAGCUGGCCGGCUGUCCCCCUCUGCUGGACCCCGAAGACUUGGUCCGGAUGAAGGAGCCCGACUGGAAGUGCGUUUACACGUACAUCCAGGAGUUCUACCGCUGUCUGGUGGAAAAAGGCCUGGUUAAAACCAAGAAACGAUCUUAGGGUUUGUUUGUUAUGUAUGACGGAGUAUUAGGGCCAAAUAGGACUACAAGAUUAAAGUUGUACUACUGCGACAAGAAAAAAAGUAUUAUUACAAGGGGGUAAUGUAGCCGAAUAAGCCGCUACGAACUUUACGACUGUGUACGUUAACUGGGAGCUACGACACGAAGCAUUAGUAUAAAUUAGGGCUGUCAAAGGAUUAAAUUUUUUAAUCGAGUUAAUCACAGCUUAAAAAUUAAUUGUAAUUAGUCGCAAUUCAAACCAUCUAUAAAAUAUGCCAUAUUUUUCUGUAAAUUAUUGUUGAAAUGGAAAGACUCAAGACGGAUAUAUACAUUCAACAUACUGUACAUAAGUACAUGUAUUUGUUUAUUAUAACAAUAAAUCAACAAGAUGGCAUUACCAUUAUUAACAUUCUGUUAAAGCGAUCCAUGGAUAGAAAGACUUGUACUGUAGUUCUUAAAAGAUAAAUGUUAGUAGAAGUUAUAGAAAUUUUAUAGGAAAAUUAGGGCUGUCAAACGAUUAACAUUUUUAAUCGAGUUAAUUACAGCUUAAAGAUUAAUUGUAAUUAAUCGCAAUUCAAACCAUCUAUAAAAUAUGCCAUAUUUUUCUGUAAAUUAUUGUUGAAAUGGAAAGAUAAGACACAAGAUGGAUAUAUACAUUCAACAUACGGUACAUAAGGACUAUUUGUUUAUUAUAACAAUAAAUCAACAAGAUGGCAUUGACAUUAUUAACAUUCUGUUAAAGCGAUCCAUGGAUAGAAAGACUUGUAGUUCUUAAUAGAAAAAUGUUAGUACAAGUUAGAGGAAUUUUAUAUUAAAACCCCUCUUAAUGUUUUCAUUUUAAUAAAAUUUGUAAAAUUUUCAAUCAAAAAAUAAACUAGUAGCCCGCCAUUGUUGAUGUCAAUAAUUACUUACUCAAUGCUCAUAGAUGCCUAUAAAAUCAGUUGCACCCGAGCGCCAGCAGAGGGCGGCAAAACACAACAAGUGAGCGUUUCAAUGUGUACUGUCAUUUAAAACUCUGAGCGGGGCAUCUGCGUUAAUUGCGUCAAAUAUUUUAACGUGAUUAAUUUAAAAAAUUAAUCAACGCGCGUUAACGCGAUAAUUUUGACAGCCCUAAUUAAAAUACAGCUGAAACGAAUACUCGAGCACCUCGAGUAACUCGAUUUUAAAAACCGAUCCGAUUAAUUUUAUUCACCUCGAGUAAUCGUUUAAUUUUGCCAGCAUCAAGUUUUGCCCGGACUACUUUUAAUGCGGGACAAAGUGCUGACGUCACGUGCGUAGAGGAAGAAGCAAUAAAAAAAAAUUUUUUUUUAAACUUACUGCAGCCGACGUUGCUAAACACAAAGCUUGCAUGUUGCUACGUGGUAGCAGGUAGCGUCUGUAUGCGUGUCAUAGAUAUCACAUGUACGUAGAACUAGAUACGAAAUGACCGAUUUGGCGGCGUUAAUAAAACAGCCGCCAUCUUAAAGCAGUCCACUUCUCAGCGCUCAUAAAUAAGAUUAAUGUUGCUGUCACUCGCUAACGUAACGUUAUCCCUGCGGAGGGCUAGGUUUCUAUUCAUUAUGACUACUGUCGAUGCGUGGCUAACUCUUACAUACAGGCUUUAUUUAAUCUGUGAAAACAGCGCUGUAGAGUGAUUAGGGUGUAAAACUUAAUAAUGCUAACUCAUUUUGAGCUCAGUAGUCAUUGCUGGAUAAAACACUAAGUAGCACUGGUGCCUAAUGUGGUCCAAGACAGCACAACAUUUAUUUUGAACACUGCAAAUCUCAAAAUCCUAUCAUGACUUACAGUUUAGAAUAACUUAACUAGUAAAACUUAUCGCUUGACACAAGUGGAAUUUCAAUCGAAACACGUGGGAAAAACACCUAACUUUUAAGUAAUGUGUGUUAUCAAGCGUAAUUAAAUUUUUAAGGAAAGAAAUAUAUAUAUUGUUUAUAAGAUCUAAACGUUUUUUGAGUGAAACGAGUGAAUUAGUCUUUUUUUUUAAAGUCACAUUUCAGACGCAAUUUUUGGCUGUUUUCAACAAUGUACAUCGAAAAUAAAGUCAUUGAUUGACUGAAAAUGGUUCAAUAUUAGAUGAAAUGUCUUGUUUUCUCAUCUAUAAUUGCUCUUUACCUAGAAAAAAAAUGUUUUAUCCGGUUACUCGAUUACUAAAAUAUUCGAUAGCUGCAGCCCUAUAUUAAAACCCCUCUUAAUGUUUUCGUUUUAAUAAAACUAGUUGUUCGCCAUUGUUGAUAUCAAUAAUUAUACAAUGCUAAUGGUGCUGAAACCCAUAAAAUCUGUCACACCCAAGCGCCAGAAGAGGGCGACAAAACACCAAAAACACAAGUAACAAGUGGACAUGACACUGUGCUGUCAUUUUAAUCUGAGCAGGACAUGUGCGUUAAAUGCGUCAAAUAUUUAAACGUGCUUGAUUUUAAAAAAUCACCGCCCGUCAACGCGAUAAUUUUGACAACCCAACUAUAAAUCUAUUGAUUAUGAUUUGAUGUAGAUUAGCCAAAAAAAGCAGGAUUUCCUUAAUUACAAAGCAGACUCUAAAAUAUAGACUCGGGAGAUGCAUAUAAUUAUUCACUAUUACCUCGAGGCAUGUGCCGGUUAUCGGUUUCAAAACCACAAAAAUUUUGCUUCAUACCGUAUUAGCUAAUUUUUAUGUCCCAAAAAUACAGCGAGAAAUCUGUGGCUUGGAGCGGCAGCACUCACUGACACUACGCCUGAGUUAAACCUAACCUGUGUUGAGAGAGGGUGGGUGUGUGUAUAUAUUGUGUAAGUAAUGAUACGAGUCAUAGACACACGCUCUGUCUCUUACUGUCGCUCUCAUUAAUAUUCAAUUAAUUAAUAUUACUAGUAGUAGUGAUACGUGUUUUACAUAAAAUCAAUUUGAUCAUAUAUCGUUUAAGUCCAGUUCUAUAUUACCUAGGGUUGUUGUUUUAAUGCUGAGCAACUGCUACAUUAGCCUUACGUAAUAAUAAAACUUUUAGACCUGUACUAUUGAUUCGACUUUUUUCCUCGUAAAUAUAGUACAACUUUUUCCUCUCAUACUAUUACUACGAGAAUAAAAGUUGUAUUAUAAUUGUUGUUGCCUCCAAUAAAAUCCACAAUAUUGAAAGUGUCUUUGUGGUUUAGAAUCUGUUUUACAAAUAAGGAAACCCUUUAUAUUUUGGCUCAUCUAUAUAAAAUUAUUGUCAAUGGAAUGAUUUAUACUAAUACUUGGCAUUAGCUCGCAGCUACGUAGUAGCUUUACAUAGUUUAACAUAAGUGAUGUUAUAGUGAAUUGCUUAGCAUAAUUUUAUGCAGUUUUACGUAAGGGACGUAAUCGUGAAUUGGAAAAGUAUUGUGCAUCUCCUGAGUCUGUAUUUUAGAAUCUGCUUCGUAAAUAAGGAAAUCCUUUGUCUUUUGGCUCACUUACCAUUAAAUUAUAAUAAACAGAAGGAUUUAUACUAAUGCUUUGUCGUAGCUCCUAGCUAAGUUACACGUACGUAAAGUGCGUAGCGGCUUAGCUACAUUACCCCUAUGUAAUAAUACAACUUUCUCCUAGUUACAGUAUGAUUUUAAUAUCGUAGUCCUUUUUUUCGGGGGGGCUAAUACUCCGUUGUAGUUAUGGACUCACAUUACAAUUAAGUAUAGACAUAAUAGCUCCAUUUUAGAUUUGGAACACAACGUAUUCUUUGUUUAGUUUUGUUUUCCAUCCGCACACAAGAGAUAUAACUUUUGAACAUAGUUAUUAAUGGACAUGAUAAAACACACUUGCACAAGAAAGAAUACAAAUAAUAAAGCACAUUCUGGAUUAAAGUUGCCAAAUAUAAUCUAAAUAAUGACUCAUCGUAAUUAAGUUGUUUUUGGACAAAAGACGAUACGUCCGUCUGAUUUGAUUUUUUUUUUUGGUCUUAUGUUAUGGUCUGAACAGUUUUAAUGUAUCACAUAGGAGUGCAAGUUCACAAUUCAAUCUAAUUCAAGGGCUUACGAUUGAUUUAAUACAAUAUUAUGUACGUGUUUUAGAAUCAAAAAUACAUUCCACCCAAAAAAUUCAGAGUAAUUUGAACGUUCCUUCAUUCGCUGCCAUCACUCCCACUUCAAACGGAUUGGACGUCUACUAGUGAUAAACUCUUUCAAAUUCGCAGCAGAAGGACGCCACACGAUUGGACAGCUAUCACCAUCUUAGUACUCUGAUGUCAUUUUAGCACCGUAUCGGUGCCACACUAAUGAAAUUUUUUUUUAAAAACCAAAACAGCAUAUCUAAAACAUGAUAACGUUGAGGAUACGUUUAACUAGAGUGGCGUUGUAAUGGUUUGUUUUGAAAGUGUUUGCAUUUAAUUUUACUGAUUUGGGUAGUGACACUACCCUCUAGUGGCAACAGUGAAUAUGACAUAACUCAUUCAACAUGGCUGAAUCCAGCUGCUCCUUGUUAAGACCAACAUAAGUUUGUUUGAGCUAAUGUUUUUUAUUCAUUCAUAAUUUAGUUUAUAGGUACGUAUAUUUAGCAGUUUUUGGUGGGAAUAUGCAUUUGAACACAUUUUUAAGAGCACGGUUAAAAAAGAAAAAAAGUUAGCAUUUUAUAGCAUUAAAGCUAGCGGACAUUUACUGUGCAAGUUAGACAAUUCUUUUGUUGUACUUAGAUCCUAAUUUAUUUUCCUUUAUGAUUCUCAGGUAUUUAAUUUGUAAAUGAAUUUAUUGCUCUUUUGAAAUGAAAGUGCGAUUGUGCAGAAUUUGAAAAAAACACUAGUGAAUUUUAUUUUGUAUUCGCAUUUCAUGCUCUUUUGAAAGUGCAAUCUUAUCAAGCUUUUGUUCAGUGCUACAACGAUUCAUCGGUUAACUCGAGUAAUUCGAUUAGGAAAAAAAAGCUUUCAAUCAAAUUUCGCUGCUUCGAGUAUUCGUUGAAUUAGAGUGGAGUUGCAAUGGUUUUGUUUUGAAAGUGUUUGCAUGUAGUUUUAUUGAUUUGGGUGGAUACACUGCCCUCUAGUGACAACAGUGAAUAUGACAUAUAUUACACACAUAUGGGAAUAUGUGUUAAAAGCAUUGUUAAAAAAAAAAAAAGAAAAAAAGUUUGCUUUUUAUAGCAUUUAAGAUAGCAUACUUUUGCUAUGCAAGUUAGCGAAUUGUUCUUUUGUUGUACCUAGAUCCUUUUUUUUUUUUUAAUACCAUUUGAGGCUAAGCUCAGGUAAUUGAUUUCUCUUGUGAAAUGAAAGCGCAAUUUCAUGCUCUUUUGAAAGUGCAUUCUUAGCAAGCCUUUGUUUAGGGCUGCAACGAUUAAUCGGUUAGCUCAAGUAAUUCGAUUAGAGAGAAUUCGAGUAUUAGUUCAAUUAGAGUGGCGUUGUAAUGGUUUGUUUUUAAAGUGUUUGCAUGUCGUUUUAUUGAUUUGGGUGGAUACACUGCCCUCUAGUGGCAACAGUAAAUUUGACAAAACUCAUUUUACAUGGCUGAAUCCAGCUGCUCCCUGUUAAGACCAACAUCAGGUAAGUUUUUGUUUGAAUGAGCCUUUUUUUUAUGCAUUCGUAAUUUAGUUUAUAGGUUGUUUUUUUUUGUGGAAAUAUGUGUUUGAACGAUUUAAGAGCAUUGUACAAAAAAAAAGCAUUUUAUCGCAAUGAAGCUAGCUAUACAAAUUAGCCAACUAUUCUCUUGUUGUACUUAGAUCCUCAUUUUUUAAUACCGUUUGAGGCUAAGCUCAGGUACUAUAAUUUAUUUUCAAACGAAAGUGCAAUUCUGCAUAGUUUGAAGAAACACUCAAAUUUUGUAUUCGAUUUAAUGCUCUUUUGAAAGUGCAAUCUGAGUGAGCCUUUGUGUUACAUCUCAUAAAAUGUAUUCUGAAAUGCAUUACAUGUAUUUGGCGGAAAACACAGACAAGACUGAAAAAGCAGUUUCUGCUCUUGCACUCCUCUUUAAAAGAAACUACUGUAUUUUAAGCGAAAACAACUGUUGUGUUUGAUAGAACUAUAUGUCUAUAUGCUGCCAUAGCAGAUUCAUGGCACUUUAAGCCACCAAGCUAUUUUGAAUUUGUCCGUUUUACCCUGAAAACCAGUUUACAGACGUCGCACAACCGCUUUUGUUUCAACCCAGCCAUAAAACGAAGGUAAUGAAUUAUAUUUAUUCAAAAUGUCUGUUGUUUUUAGCUUAAUCAUUAAUUGAUGUCUCAUAUUUCGUUUAAAAAAAAAAAAAACGACUUUAAAAAAUUAUUCACUCGCAUAUUUUAAACUUUUAAACAAAUUUUGUCACAAUGAAAAAAAUGGUGUCUGUAAAAAAGUCACGGAUAUCUACCUCAUAACUAUUGCUUAAUUGUAUUUUUUUUGUUACGGUAAUUUUCUCCAAUAUGUUAGAUGAUAAAUAUUCGAUCCAAACAAAGAAAAAUCGGAAUUUUUUUUUUAAAAGGGUAAAUAUAUGAAAAAGAAGAUCUCAACCACUCCUUGAUGUCUGCGAUUUCUGCAUCGCGACCCUUGUUAUAUGACCAUGUUUAACCCAUAAAAGCUCAAAAAAAUCCAGUUGUGGCCAUUCACAGCUGUGUCUUGACACUCGUUAAUACAUGCUACAUGGAGUUUUUGGAUCGAAACAAGGUAAGUCUGCGAUAAUAUCUCGUUAAAGUCACGGCGUCUGUAAUUCUGCUCUCACCUCCAGAUAGGGUUUUG